AUGCGCACUGAUGUUUCGACUUAUGCGCUUAAGAAGCUCGUAGUGUGCGGCGGAAAUGGCUUUCUAGGAAGCCGCAUCUGCAAAGCGGCCGCACAUCGCGGAUGGGCCGUAACCUCAAUAUCUCGCUCCGGCGCACCCCACUGGGCCUCUGUAACCUCCUCGCCCAACCCGCCCUCCUGGUCCUCCUCCGUCUCCUGGGAAAAAGGCGACAUCCUGAAUCCCGCAACAUACACACACCACCUCGACAACGCAGACGCUGUCGUACACUCCAUGGGCAUCCUGCUCGAAGCCGACUACAAAGGCGUGAUAAGUGGGAAGGAGUCGCCCAUCGCAGGGCUCCAGCGCGCAUUUAGCGCCAGCAAGCAAGGGACGCAGAACCCGCUGGAGCGCAAAGAAGGGGAGCCGUUAAGACCGCAAGAGAAGGACGGCCAGUUGACAUACGAAGUCAUGAACCGUGACUCAGCCCUUAGCCUUGCCCAAGAAUCCGCCGCAAAAUCCAUCCCAACAUACCUCUACAUCUCCGCCGCAGCCGGCGCCCCCGUCCUCCCCGCGCGCUACAUCACCACCAAGCGCGAAGCCGAGGCCCUCAUCUUGUCCACUUUCCCCUCUCUGCGCAGCAUCUUCAUCCGUGCGCCCUUCAUGUAUGACUCGAGUCGGACCUUCACGCUCCCGAUCGCGGCCGCCGGCGGCAUAGCGUCGAUGGUGAAUAGCGCCGUGGGCGGGAGAUUGACGUGGUUGAUAGGCGCGGGGGGCAUCAAGCCGCUGAAGGCGGAUACGGUGGCGGAUGCGGUGGUAGAGGCGCUGGAGGAUGCGGAUGUGAGGGGCGUGGUGGAGGCGGGGGAGAUUGAGAGGCUGGCUACGAGGGCGUGGAGGAAGGGUAUGCUUUAGGGGGCAGAGUACGUGUGUUGUAGGAUAGUAGACAUCACGGAUGCGACGCAUUCUCGCGCUGGCAUAAUCUCCAUUGAGAAAGAUAGGCUCGCGCCUUGUAUAUAUUAUCUAUCCACCUUCCCCACCAA